AUGGUUAUUAACUACGAUUAUGUUUGCUAUCGUCAUGUCACUUGGUGCUUUUGCUUCCUUACUUUAUGUGAAGCAUUAACGACAAUUCAUGGAAAUGAAAGAUUUCAACGUAAAAUCGAAUUUACUCAUUUAUCAAAUCUUUUUAAUCCACAAUCGCAAACUCAAGCUAUGGAUUGGACGUUAUUGAAGCUCACUUGUGGAUUCAUUUGUGUAGACGAAGAGACCAAUGAGAAUAGUCCUUUCGGUUCGAAUUAUAUGCUAGCCACUUCUGGAUUUAUGAUUACGUUGGCAUUUUGUGUUCCUUUGACAUUUUUGGAGCGAAUUAUAUUGUUUCAAUUUCUCAAAUAUUAUGCUUAUUUUCGGCGUCUCACGAUGACUAAAGAUUAUAUUCCAUUGGUCAGCAAUGAUCAGAGUCAGGUUGUCGGAAUAGUAUUAUUUAACUAUGCGUUUAUCACCACCAUUCCAAUCUGGGUUAACGAUCUACGACCUGACGUUUGUAUCAGAAAAUCUAUAUGGUAUUCUGUGGUAAUAAGCACAGCAUCAUACAGUGCAUUAGGAAUAUUAGGAGGAAUGGCAUAUCAAAUGGGUUUAGCUUCAAAUAUUAUAGCACAAAUUAAUGCAUCGUCACAUCUAUCGCAACUUUUGUAUUCCGCAAUUGUAACUCCUUCAUUUCCGAAACUCAAAGUUUCUGGUACUCCUAUUGGUACUAUAAAUGAAAAGACUUCUAGUAAUGUAGAUGUGGUUGAUAAAGAUCAGAAUCGACCAUCACGCGCUAUCAAUCUAGAAAAAGCUCGUCAAAUUCUGGAUAUGCACAUUCUAAACAAAAUUCUUAUCCAUGAUAUUGAUGAAAUCUAUUUGAACAAACCUUCAAAAAAUUCUUUUGUCGCCUUUCCUAUUCAAAGGAAAGGAGAAUAA